AUGGAAUCACAUGAGAAGGAGGCCAAGAUCAGGGGCCAAGCUCUUGACAACAUGGCCUUUGAAAUGACAAGUAAUGAAACAUCACCCCAACCGCCGCCGAGUCCGAGCAAGCUGAAAGACUUGGACGACCUGUUCCCUUACAUCGGCGACUUCGGCUGGUACCAGAGGAUCCUCUUCUUGUUGAUGAUCCCCUACGGUUUCUUCUUCGCCUUCGUGUACUUCGCCCAGAUAUUCAUGACAGUGGUGCCCGAACAGCACUGGUGCUACGUGCCAGAGCUGAGUAACCUAUCGGUUGAGGAAAGACGCCACCUAUCCAUCCCUCUGUUGGACGACAACAAAUACGACAGGUGCCGCGUGUAUGACGUGAAGUGGGAAGAGUUACUAGAGACUGGUGUCACACAGCCGGAUAAGAGCUGGCCAACGAAAAAGUGUCAAGAGCGGUGGGAGUUCAACUUCACGGAUGUACCGUACGAGACUAUUGCAACACAGUUGGGAUGGGUGUGCGACAGAGAUAACUUCCCAGCUACGGCCCAAUCUAUAUUCUUUUGUGGCGCCAUCAUUGGUGGUCUACUCUUCGGAUGGAUUGCUGAUAAAUACGGGAGGAUACCGGCUUUAGUAGGCACUAACAUGACUGGAUUCUUCGCUGGAGUCGGAACUGCUUUCACGAACAGCUUCUGGUCAUUCUGCCUUUGCAGAUUCCUAGUGGGUCUGGCUUACGACAACUGUUUCGUUAUCAUGUACAUUGUUGUUGUGGAGUACGUCGGUCCAAAAUGGCGGACUUUCGUCGCCAACAUGUCUAUCGCUGUGUACUUUACAUUCGCGGCGUGUCUGCUGCCCUGGAUAGCGCUUGGUGUUGCCGACUGGAAGAUCUACACUCUGAUCACCAGCGUACCUUUGGUACUCUCCAUCUUCACGCCCUGUGUCGUCCCCGAGAGUGCACGAUGGCUAAUUUCACAAGGGCGUAUCGACGAAGCGAUCAAGAUAUUGAAAAACUGCGAACGGGUCAACGGGAAGAAGAUACCAGACGCUGAGACGGCGGCAGAAAUCGCGAGGGUCGAGCAGGAGACUAGGAGCUACUCGGUGCUGGACCUGGUACGGACACCGCGUCUUCGCCGCCACAGCAUACUGCUGCUGUUCAUCUGGACGGCGAUUGCCAUGGCCUUUGAUGGCCACGUGAGAAACGUGGGCUCCCUCGGUCUUGACAUAUUCCUCACGUUCACCGUCGCCACCGCCACGGAGUUCCCCGCCGACAUCCUCCUCAUACUCAUAUUGGACACGAUCGGUCGCAGGUGGCUUGCCUUCGGUUCCAUGGUGAUCAGCGGUAUCUUCAGUUUGCUCGCAACCGCAGUUCCUUUAGGAGUCCCAUCAGCCUCGCUAGCGAUCGUCGGACGCUUCUCCAUCAACAUAUCUUACAACAUCGGGAUGCAGUACGCGGCCGAGCUGCUUCCGACGGUGGUGAGGGCCCAGGGCCUGUCGUUGAUCCACAUGACCGGCUACGUGGCAACCAUCCUGGUGCCGUACAUCGUCUACAUGGCGACCAUUGCAACUGAGAUCCCGUUGCUCAUCCUCGGCUGCAUCGCGAUAGCCGGGGGCUGCUUGUGCUUGAGUCUGCCGGAGUCCACCGGCAAGGAUAUGCCGCAGACCAUACUGGACGGCGAGAACUACGGGAGGGGCCAGAGCUUCUGGGACAUGCCUUACUUCGACAGGCAAACCAAAAGGGGAGUUGACGACGUAAACAAGAUU